AUGGACGGCACGCGGGCGUCACCGUCUCCUCAUUUGACGCUCCAAGCAUCCACUCACACUCGUUUGUCUCUCCCACAAUCGCCACAGCCGCAAUCGCCACAGCAGCAGCAGCAGCAGCAGCAGCAGCAGCAGCAGCAGCAGCUGCUGCUGCGCGCAGAGGAUACAGCGGUGGCACAGCCCGCGCACCUCACGCUGCGCUCGCCGUUCCUUCCGUCAGCGUCCGCUCCCGCCGUCGCCCAUCGGCCGCACCGUGUGUGCGCCGCGUGUUCGUGCCAGCCCGCGGUGCUCUACUGCGCCGCGGACGACGCGUACGUCUGCGAGGCCUGCGACGUCUUCGUGCACUCCGCCAAUCCGCUCUCGCAGCGCCACGAGCGCGUGCGAUUGGGCCCCAACGGCGCGCCGCUCAAGAUAGACCGCAGAGGCGCGGGGUUGUCUUCUGAUGCGGCCGGCAGUCUUCCGCGCGCCGUUGCGGGGAGAAUGCUGCGCGGAGAGUUGGCGCAGAGCCUACUUCCGCGCGCAGACGAGUCUGGGGUGCGGGGCGCGGCGGCGACGUGCAGUGACGCGGAGAAGGGUGUGGCGGGGAGCGUGGCGGGGCCGACGGCGGUCGCGAUCGGCGCGGAGAGCGCGCAGAGCGGGCUGCCGUCCAGCAUGUCCGGCACGAGCUCCUCGUCGCACCCGCCCGACCCCCGCUGCCCCUCCCGCGCGCACCGCCCGCCCGACACCAACUGCGCAGCUCAAGGGGGGGUUGCUGUCGGGCGCGCGGGUGACGCGAGGAGGGGUGCAGGGAGAGGGGGGAGAGCGGCGGAUGAGGCGGACGUUGCAGGGGGGAGCGCGGGGAACAGGCUGCAAGGGGCGAGUGCAAGCGGGGUGGCGUGCAGCGUGUUGCGGUGGAAGGUGCGGGAGGGUGCCGCCGCCAUGCAUGCGCCGCAGGACCACCAGCCGCAGCCGCAGCAGCAGUCCACGCCGCAGAGCAGACCGGCCGCGUCACCUGCACCUGCGCAUGACGGAGCGCCCAAGGCAACAGCUGGCUCUGUGCGCCUAUCACCAGCGUCCACGUGGUCGUUUGCCCCCUCUCCACGUCACACCAACGAUUCCCUGCAGGGUGCCUCGCCGUGGGCCAAGGCAGCAUCCGGCGCGGCGCAUUCCCCCCUCUCCGCGCCCGCGGGGUUGUGCGCCAAGUCACAUCUGCUGCGCGCGCCCGUGAGCCCGUUCACUCCCCCCAGCCCCUAUGCGGGCUGCCUGCUCUCGCUGCCCGGCGCGCCAGGCGGGAAGGCGCACGCGCCUCGAUCUCUCCAGUCGCCCCGCACUGCUCCUGCUGCACCCGCAUCCGCACCCGCAUCCGCAUCCGCAUCCGCGGCCGGCGGACGGGGCUUGGAAGCACGCGACGGGCGAGGCACGGCGAGGGGUGCCGUGCGGGCGGGAAGAGAGGCGAGGGGAGCGGAGGAGGUGCAGGAGGGCGGGGGGAGGGAGGAGAGGGAAGGAGGCGCGGAGAUAGCGGCGGGAUGGAUGGACGAGCGGGUGGCGCAGGUGUGCGGGGAAGAGGAGGCGGGGGAGGCGGGGCGACUGGGCAGCAGCAGCGGGUUUGAGGAGUUCGAGGACAUGAUGAGCGGCAUGGGGGAAGCGGAGGGCGCGGCGGGCAUGGCGGGCAUGGCGGAGCUGGACGACAUCGACGAGGACGACCAGUUCGCGCGCGACCUCGCGCUCUGCAUGACCCCGCGCGCGCCCCCGCCGCCCUCCGCCACGCCUUCCGCCGCUUGCCCCCCGUCGUCCCCUCGCGUGGCGAGGCUGCAAACUGCUGCUGCGGCGCAGCAGGCCCAUCCCAACCAUGCCAGCUAUUUCACUCCCCCGUCUGCCACUUCAGCCGCCGCUGCCUCUGGCGCUGGCGAGUCCCCCCACGCGUCAGUGGCGGCGGCAGCGGUGCAGCCCGCGGCGGGGUGCCAUGCGUCGCGCACCCACGCGCUGCCCCCCGACGGCCCCGGGCUGCCUUCGCGCCCCGCCAAGCGACAGCACCUGCGGGGAUUGGGGUUUGGUUCGGCAGCAGGUCCGGGUGCAGGCUCGGGCGCAGGUAUGAGUGUAGGUGCACAAGGAGGAGAGGGAGCUGGGAGUGCAGUGGGAGGGGCAGGCAGGUUGAGAAGCACAGCAGAGGGCGGAGGGCUGGCCAGUAUUGCGGAAGGAGGAGGAGGUGGGGUGAAGCGUGAGGCAUGGGGGGGCAUGGGUCCAUUGGCAGCAGUGCAGGGCGUGCAGGGCGUGCAGGGCGUGGGGAUGACGUGCAUGCGUGGGCACGCACAGCAGCACAUGCACCUUCCCAUGCACCCCCAGGGCCUGUCACCCUGUGCGUCGCUUGACCGCUGCACCCCUGCAUCCCCCACCGCUGCUGCGAGCAUGUCCGUCAGCCACACCCGCCCCGCCCCGCACGCCCCUGCCAGCAGCUUCCUGAGCUCCUCUGCUGCUGCUGCUGGCAGUGCCGUGGCAUCAGCAGCAGCGCUGUCUGAUUCCGCCAUGGACGCGCGCGCCCUUGCCUCUGCCUCCGCCUCCGCCUCCGCCACCCACUCCCACUCCCACUCGCUCUCGCUCUCCGAUGGCCAGCAGCACCACCAGGGGCAAGCGCAACCCCUGCAGCAGCGCACGGCAGCAGGGGGUGGGAGCUCGGCGGAGAGAGGUGCAGUGCGGUGGGAGGGCAGUGAGGGCAGGAGGGUGCGGGGGUGGAAUGGGAAGGUUGGCGCGUGUGGGGGGGAAGCAGGGGGACGGUCAUCAGGGGAGGCGGAGGGGGGGUUGGAGGAGGCGGAGGAGGUGGUGAUGGAGGAGGGCGCAGUGGAGGCUCAGCUCAAGGGCGUCGCCUCUCACCUCACCCUGCUCGCCGCACACCCUCACUGCCUGCCUACACACCAACCCCAGGGGGAGAACGUGAGAGGCAGCACGGAUGGCGAGGACAGGCGUGCGGCGGCAAUGCGAGGCGUGCUGGGUAGUUUAGGGGAGAGGGGCGCGGGUGGGCGGUGGUGUCCGGCGCUGCACCUCAACUACGCUGACAUCAUCACUGCCUGGUCACAUACCGGCCUCCAGGCGUCGCCCUGGCUGGACGACACCCCCCCCUCACUGGCCCUCCACGCGCAGCCCUCCGUGUGCUCCGACCCCCAGGUCCGUGCCCUCUCCUGCACCGCUGCUGCUGCUUCCCAUGUGCUGCUUCUCACAUGCUGCUUGUUGCAGCAAGCCAUGUGUUGUUGUCAUGUGAUGAGCUUUGUUUGCCAGCCUCAUUGCGCACUCACAAUGUUUCUUCCCCAUACCUCUGCCACUCCGCCCAUUCCUCUUUUUGCGUCCCUCCCCCAGCCACUGCAGUCAAUAAUCAGCACGGGGCGGGAGGAGGGGCUGGAGGGCGAGGUGGGCGAGUCGGGGGUGAGCCGGGUGGCGUCCGUGCCGCACGGGCUGGACCGCGUGUGCAGCGACCUGCUGCUUGAGGACGGGCACCUUGACGGGCACCUUGACGGGCAGGUGGAGGGGCAGGUGGAAGGGUAUGUGGAGGGGCGGGAGGCGCGGGUGCUGCGGUACCGGGAGAAGCGGCGCAACCGGCUCUUCUCCAAGACCAUCCGCUACCAAGUGCGCAAAGUCAACGCCGACCGCCGCCCGCGCGUCAAGGUGUGUUUGCGGGGCGGCGGCAUGGCGGAGUUCAACAUGAGCGCGUGCGUGGCGGCGUGCGCGUCGCUACAGCCGUGCCUCGACACCUGCUACGUCUACAACGGCUGGCUCGCACCGCCCUCGCUGUCGCAAACCAUCGCAUUCUCCAUCGCAGGCGGGGCGGGCGUUGGGGUAGCGGCGCUGGUGGCGUGUGUCAUGGCCAGCACGCUCGCGCUCGACUUGCCCUCACUGCAGGUGAGCCCUCCCGCACUCGCUGCAGGUCCGCCCUCCCCCACUCGCUGCAGGUCCGCCCUCCCCCACUCGCUGCAGGUGCGCCCUGCCCCGCUCCCUUCCUGCCGUGCUGCCGACGUACCUCCUUGCUUCGUCCUGCCUGCAGCCUGCUCCCUAUCGUCUCCUUCCGAACAUGCUUUUCUUUUCACUCUGCUCCUCUGCGCGCCCCUCUCUGCGCCCCUCUCUACGCCCCCCCACGUGCAGGCGUUGGCAGCGAGUGCGGACAAGGCUGAGCGCAGAAAGGUGCGCCCCCUCCGCCCUCUCUUCUCCUUCCGCUUCCUUGCCCCGCCCAUCAUAUCCCUCAUCGUCCCCCAUUGGCCUCACUUCCUUGCUGUGCCGCAUCGCAUGCAUGUCCCCGUGUCCUACCCUUCCACUCCUCCCCACUCUCUCACCACCUGUCUACUGCCCUCACGCCUCUCACUCCUCGCCCCGCGUGGCCCAUGGACGGGUGGGUGCCAGGCGAGGGCGGUGCUGCGGGUGAGGCGCCAUGGCAACCUGCUGCUGGCAGCACUGCUGCUCGCCAGCUGCCUCGCCUCCACCCUCGCUGCUGCCGCCUUCACUGGUAAGCCCUCCCCCCCACCCCUCCCAGCCGCCACUGCUGUGAGGCCCCCCUCCUCCCAGAAGGUGCUGAGGCACUGCGAGGUGUUGGGCGUGUGGUGGGGGUGGCUGUGCGCCUUCUUGCUGCUCUUCCUCGCCGUUGAGCUCCUGCCGCCCGCCAUCUGCACCAAUCGGAGUCUGCAGGUGGCGGGGGCGACGGCAUGGGUGGGGGGGGUGGCGGUGGUGGCGCUGUUCCCGUUUGCGUGGCCCGUGGGGCUGCUGCUCGACUGCCUUGUCAACCACUCCUCCCUCUCCCCUGCUGAUCAUGACGGGCCCGUGAAGUGCUGCCUGGCGCCCGACCCUCAGCAACAAGAGGAGGAUGAGCAGGAGGGCGAGGGCGAGGGUGAGGGUGAUGCAUGCAAGCUGUUCGCUGCACGCGCGGGCAAAGGGGGCAGCGAGGCGGAGUGGGGUGGUGAGGAGGAGUGGGGCGGCGGGAAGGAAUGGAAAACAAGAGACGCGGAAGGGGAGGUAGGAGGGGGAGGGUGGGAGGAGGAAGAGAGGGAUGGUGGCGACAAGGAGGCACACAGGCGAGAGGCGCGGGGACCCGAGGAGGGGGGGCAGCAAGGGGAGGGCGGGGUAGCAUUGUACGGUGGGAGCGUGAUGGAGAGUGGAGGGGGCGAGGGGAGCAGCGAGGGUGCAGCGGUGCAGAUGGCGGUGCUGCCCUCGUCCUCGCAUGCUGCCCUGCCGCCUCCUCCUCCCCUCCCUCACACCCAUUCCACCCAGCACGCUGCCUCCUCCCACCUGGCCCUUGCCCCCAACCCCCUCGCCCCCACAUGCCACACCCCCCCUGCUGGGUCUCCCCAUGCGCCGCAGUCCCCCCCAGCGCCCCCGCCGUGGUUCCUGCAGUCGUGGGAGCAUGCCGCCGUGUGGCCACGCCUUGCCGCCGUGCCUCCCACGCCCGCUGCUGCCCCCACCUCACACCCACACCCCUCUGAUGCUGCCCGUGCGCUUGACCUGGCGGACUCGAGCGUGCAGGCAGGGAGUGCGGGGGAGAGAGCGCACGUUGCAGCAGUCAGAGAUCACCACGCCACCCUGUCUGCUGCCCCUUGCACUUCCCCAGCUGCCACCCUCCCAGGUGGCGUGCCCCCCCUCCCCCUGUUCUCCUCCACUCCCCUGUGGCGCCACCGACCCCCCCUGCCUGCUGCCGCCUCCUCUUCUUCCGGGCAACCCAUGCCCCCCACUGACCCAAGCACAUUGGCUGAUGCCCUCCGCCCCCCUCACUGA